GUCACAUGUAAAUAUACCUGCUUUCGAUAUGAUUAAUUAUAUUUCUAUCCACUGUGAUUAAUUUAAGAGUAGGAUGGCACUUCAGUAAAAUUUUGGGCUACUAAGAGAUGAACGUUAUGCGUGUUUUACGGGUAACAAGUAGACCUAAGGGAAGAUACCAUCCAGGAUUCCGUCGAAUAAAUGCCUGUCAACUCUCUUACUUGAAACUGAAAUCAGAAUUUGACUUUGUAGGGGCGUCAAAAUUCAAAGACUUUCAGGUUGAACGACCUCUGUGCACACACAAGGCGCAUUCCUGCCAGCACUCUCCGUACCGGCCAUUCUCGGACAAUGAGACAGAUGACUCUGGCAGUCUGCUGGAUGAGGCUGAUGAGCCAGACAAUGUACGGCUUCAGCUCUACCCAGACUCAGAUGACCCUGUACUUAGGGCAAUGGGAAGGACAACCUCUGUGGAUAAUGUGUUUGCGGUGCUGGGGGAGUCCACGGACCCGCGCCACCUCUGCCAGGCUGUAGUGUCUCUCUGGGACUUGCACAAACUUGACGAGGAGCCUGGCUCGCUGCCCGCGGAUGACUACACCCGCCUGAUGGACGAGCUGCUGCGCCAGGCAGACUCUUGUGACGACUUGGCACUUGUCUGUGCCCUCUACAGUGUGGUGCGACUGGAGGGCCCCGACUGGCGGGCGGCCCAGGCGCGGCUGGAGGAGCUGUGCACGGCCCGCCUGCCGCGCCUCUCGCUAACGGCGCUCAGCCGACUCGGCGUCUGUCUCCAGCUGCACGACUCGACCCGGCCCUGGCCGCCGCGCCUGGUGCAACCCUACCUGCGCGCGCUGGCGCACUACACGGCCACGUGCGGCUCGUGGCACGAGCUGCGCCUGCUGGCCACGGCGCUGCACAGCGCGCUCAGCUACGUCUCGGUGGACGGCGAGCGUCGCUUUAUGGACGUGGUGCGGCGCUUCAUCGCCGAGCGCGAUGUCGGGCCGGACGACGUCGACUCGGUGUUCAAGCUGUUCAAGGUGCUGAACUCGCGCGGCCUGCGCCACUGGCUGGCGCUGGUGUGCCGCGACCUGGCGUCGCUGUACGUGCGCGCCGAGCCGCGGCCGCCGGCCGUCGUCACCGGCCAGCUGGGGCAGGCGGUGCUGCGCUUCCGCGAGGCGUCCCCGGCCGUGGAGCGGCUGCUGGCCGAGCGGGCGGUGGCGCUGCUCUCCCAGGAGCCGGCCGAGCUGGCCCAGCUGCGCCUGCUCGACACGGCCGCGCCCAGCCGCAUCUUCCCCGAGUGGCUGCGGGACAGCCUGCUGCGGACCGCCCGGGACUCGCUGCAGGGACUCGAGGACCGGCUGGACGCGCCGGAGCCGCUGGCCGACAAGGCGUCCCGGAUCCGUCUGCUGACGGAGCUGCAGCGCGCGCGCCAGCUGCUGUCGGAGGUGCGGCCGCAGCGGCCGGCCGAGCACCGCCGGCUCUGGCAGCUGUUCCUGCGCACCCUGCACCGGCCCGACGCCUGGAUCGUCUCUGAGCAGAGCGUCACCCGGCGGCACGCGCUGGCCUACUUCAGCCACAUGGCGCAGCUGUCGCCCAGCUGCGGUCUGCCGGAGCUGGAGGCCGAGCUGGGCCGGCGCCUGGAGCUGCACUGCCGCGCGGUGGUGAGCACCAACCGGCUGGUGGAGCUGGCCUCGUUCCUAGUGGCGUACGGCGGCCGGCCGGUGCCCUCCGAGCUGCUGCAGCGGCUGCUGCGACUGGCCGACAACGACCAGCUCUCCACGCACCGCGUCAACCGGCUCUCCAGAGCGAUCCAUAUCGGCCGGUCUCGUGUCGAUCGCGCCCGGACGCCGCAGUCCACCGAGCACCUGCACCAGCUCACCCAGCUGACUGUGGCGCUCAACAACGCCACCGUCCGGCUGCUGCCGGCGCUGACAUCCACCGAGGCGGUGGUGUGGCUGGCGGGCGCGGCGUUGCGCCGGCGCGGUGUCGUUCCCGGCAACACCUCCGUGCUGGGGGCGGCUCUGGCCCGGUUCCGCGCCCUCACAGAGACGCCCGACGGUAACGGAAGUGAGCUCACCUCUCGCGCCGUCGACAAGCUGGCCAGCUGCCUGGAGGGGGCGCGCUACGCCGACGACGCCGUCAUGGAGACGCUCUGCAGGCACGUGGUGGAGCACCGUGACCACGUGACGGGCGUGGUGGCCGAGCGGGUGCUGUCAGCGGCGUUUCGGACCGGCUACUGGCCGGCCGACUCGGGCCCGUUCGACGACUUCUUGGCGGCGGCCGCCGACAUCGUCUCCCGGAGCCUGUACCGACUGACGGCCGAGAGCACCCUGCGCGCCUGUCUGUCGCUCUGUCUGUACGGCCAGCUGCCCGCUCAGCUGGCGCGCACCGUCCUCGGCCAGGCCUUCCUGGAUAAGACCGAGCGGCAGAUCCAGCACAUGGUCGAACAGACGGGCGCGCUGCAGCAGGCGCCGGCCGGCGGCGGGCCGUCCCCGGUGGUCUGUCUGACCCACGGCGCGCUGCAGCAGGCGCCGGCCGGCGGCGGGCCGUCGGCGCCGGCCGGCCGCGCUGCGGGUGCCCAGUCGGCGGCCACCCGGCUGCGGCGGCUGCAGAUGGAGGUGAACCGCGCCGUCCGGCUCAACCUGCCCGACCAGAGCGUGCCCUGGUUCACAGACGUCUACGCCAAGGGACUGCCCGACCCAGCCACGGGCGCGGCGCACCGGCAGCUGGUGGCUGAGGUGCGCGACACGCUGUCGGCGCUGGUCGGGGGCGCCGACCGGGUCCACUGCGGGGUGCGCGCCGCCGGGUACCAGUUCACCGCCGAUCUGGUGGUGUACCGGCGGCCCGACGGCGGCUUCACCGACACGGACGGACCGCUGGUCACCAGCGUGGCGCUGCUGGUGCCCUCCACGCACGAGUACUGCACGAACCGUCCGCAGCCGACGGGCGGCCAGCUGCUGCGCCGCCGCCACCUGGAGAUGCUCGGCUACACGGUGCGCACCGUCCACCCGCACCACUGGAACAGCAUGGCGCUGGCCGAGACCGCCGACAAGCUGGCCUUCCUCGGCGCGCUCAUAGACGGACGUAACCUGCUGGAGGAGCGCGCGUGACGCCGGCCGGCCGGCCAGCCAACCGCGCCGGCCCGUGUCCACUAGUCUCCGCCGCGCCGGUACGAGAGCUUUGUUACGUGAGCGAUUACCGCGGCUGUUGGUAUGCUCAGUGAAGGUGCUGCUGUUUUGUAAUACAUGUCACAUAUAGACUGCUUA